AAUUUUUUUCGACAGUUAUGCUCUAGAACUCUAAAUGUAAAAGAUAUGGAGGAUGCUCAAAAUAAUUUAAUUCUGUUAUUGUGCAAGAUGGAAUUGAUUUUUCCUCCAGCUUUUUUUGACAUAAUGAUACAUUUGGUAUUGCAUUUGCCUGAAGAAGCGAUAUUGGGUGGCCCGGUCUUUAUGAAAUGGAUGUAUCCUUUUGAAAGGUACAUGAAAAAAUUGAAGAAUUAUGUGGGAAAUAAGGCACGUCCUGAAGGAUCGAUUGCAGAAGGUUAUGUUGCUGAUGAGGCAGUAACCUUUUGUUCAAUGUACUUUAAAGGGUGUGAAACAAGAUUUAAUCGGCUUGAUCGAAAUGAAGAUGCCCCUUCUGUUUGUCGCUAUCUCUCAGUUUUUAAUUCUCAAUCUCGUCCUUUAACUAGCGGACUUAUCAAGCCUCUUGAUCAUAUCAGUCGUGAAAAAGCUGAGUGGUACAUUCUUCAAAAUUCUCCUGAAAUCCAAGCUUACUUAGAGUAAGUUUGUUACAUUUUUAUAAAUUAUUUUAUUAAAUUUUCAGUUUUUAUUUUCUAUCUCCCUCUAUUGUAUCUUGACAUUAUCAUACUUCACAGUGAACAUUUGGACAAGAUCAGGCAUGAAUAUCCUAAUGGUAAUCACGAAGUCUUGCAUAGGCAAACUUUCCGUCCGUGGUUUCAUAAGAAGGUAUACCGACAAAAUUGUAAAGUUUUAAUACAAUCAUUUAUAUUCCUCUAAUAUUAAUACAUUUUAUGUAUUUAGAUAUAUGAGUUGCACAAGCUUGGAACUUUACAAAAUGGUGAUGAGUUACUCGCUCUCGCUUCCGGGUCCGAUUACUUAGCAACUUUUUACGAAGGUUGUGUAGUGAAUGGUGUUCGGUUUAUUGCAUCAAAGCGAGACCAAAAGCGGAAGACACAAAAUAGUGGUGUUACUGUUGCUGGAACUGAAGGGUUUAAUUAUUACGGCACACUUGAAGAUGUAAUCACUAUAUCUUAUACUUGUGCAUAUACAGUGUCUUUGUUUGAAUGUAAAUGGUAUAACACUAAUCCAUUAAGAAAGAAGACAAUCACUGAAAAUAAUAUAACUAGUAUAAAUACUCGUGGAUAUUGGUAUCAAGAUGAACCGUACAUCCUUGCUAACCAGGCGAAGCAAGUUUUCUAUCUUGAAGAUCCACUCAGAGGUCGCGAUUGGAAGGUUGUUGAAGAUAUUAGCCAUCGACAAAUUUGGGACAUUACUGACAACGAAGAUGAGACUGAUGUAGAUGUUGUCAGUGAUUCUAACUCUGCCAAUUUUGUGUUGACGGUUGAUCUUGGAGAGUUGAUUAUGCAAUCGAAUGAACCUCCAGUAAUUGUUGAAUCGUCCGAUCAGUUAGUGGAUUCUGAGAUAGAGAAUAAUGAACUUGAUGAAAAUUAUGUUGCUGAAGAAGUAGAUGAUUUACUAGUUGAACAUGUAGAGGAUGAAAAUGUAAACUUAGUGAAUGAUGGAAAUGAUAGUGAUUCUUCAGUGUAACUUUUAUUUUGUAAACAUUUGUUAAUAAAAUUUUUUACAAUUAAAGGAAUAUUUAAUUUCUUUCGUAUUAACAUUUUAAAUACUUAUAUUUCAAUUAUGUGUUUCACAUUUGUGAAUUCUUACAUUUUUUUCCGUCUUCAAAGUAAAGUAAAAUGUCAGCUACGUUAGCGACAUACCACGGUGGGGAUGGUGAUGGCAGGGAUCCCCCUGAUCCUUCUAGGGUACCGUCGUCUUGCGAAGCAGGUUUUCAUAUUUUUUGAAAUCUACAAUUGUUCUGAAUAUAAAUAGUGAAUGUAUGAUUUACUAAUAAAAUUAUUUUUCCCUCGAAUAUAUAUAGUUCCACCUCCGGUCAGAAAGGGUCGUGGGGUUGCCGCAAAUGCUAAUCUCGAAAAAAAAAGGAGAGAAGCUGGUAAGCCCUUACCGGUGGAGGUAGAUCUUGAAACCGGCAAAGUUGUUGGCACUGAAGCAAGAAAUUAUGUUCGAUUUCUUGGCCAACAAGUGAGCAUGUUGUGCCCGGGUGGUCAUCUAAAUUUUUCCGAUGUACCCCAACAAUACAAGGAUCAAGUGCUCAAUCGAAUUAGAGUGAGUGAUUUUUAAUUAUUAAAGGUUGUAAUAAUUUUAUGUCCUCAUUUAUAAAUUAACAUAAUUUUAAAUUAUUUUAUUACAUAGUACUAUUUUGAUAUCGAUGGGAAUCCCCAUCGAGACCUACUUAUGGGGGCUUUAUAUUCGGUGAUGGCGGAGCGGUAUAGUGAGCAAAAGACGCUCAGACACAAGCAUUUCAAACAACAUUACAAAAAACCAGAAGAUUGGGACACAGUUCUCAAAUUCCCCCCUGGCUACUUGAAUACCGAGACUUGGAAACCGGUUUGCGAAUUGUUCGUUAGCGAGGCAUUUUUGAAUCGUUCAACUAAAAAUAAGUCGAAUCGGCAACUAAUGAAAUAUCCAACAACGCAAGGCACAAAAUCGUUGGCGUCCAUACGCCACGGAAUGGGGGGUCCUCCUGGAGAGCAUGUAGUUGAAGCAUGGAAGGAGAUCCAUGUGAAAAAACCGUCUGGAACUUUCGUUAAUGAAUUAGCUGCAAAAGAUUAUGAGGAACUGAUCAAGGAGCUUGAUAGGAAGCGACUGGAACGACAAUCCCAGAGCGAUACUGGGACUGAAUCUGAAUCUGAUACUGGUUAUCAGUUUGACGUUAUGGAAACAGUUCUAGGCCAAAGAUCUGACUAUCAAAGAGGCGUGGGUAAAAGGCUCAAGGGCAAAGGAAAGAAACCAAUCCCUCAAACUCAAUCAACGGUGCCUCCCCAACCAACUACUGAAAUGAUGAGCACUGUGGCAGAUAUAUUCUCAGCUAUGCGUGCCACUUGGGGGGUAAUUUGACGCCUGAACAACGUGCCCAAAUAUUUAACCCACGCUUUGACAAUUUCAUUCAAACGUAUAGUCAGUCGCAGUCGCCUGGUGGUUCGUCUUCUCAGAGUCAUGCCGCUCCUCCGGAACAGCAACAACAACCUCCUUCGCAACCACAAUUUCAGCCUUCCUCGCAACAACAAUUCCAAAAUUUGUCACAGCAGCAAUUUGAAAAUUUUUUGCAGCAGCAACCCCAAUCUUUUCCUCAGCAGUUUCCUCAGCAGCAACCACAGUCUGCUCCGCCAAUGGGGAAUCAGUUCUUAUACCGAACACCGUCAGAGUCUCCUCCGCUCGGCUCAAACUUUGCUGAUUUUGGAUUAUUCGGGAGUUCAUCGCAGGAGAACCAAUUUUUUUCAACUCCCAUUUUCAACCAAGCUGAGCUCGGUAAUUUGACGCUGGGUUUAUCAUCAGACCAAGCGUAUGUGCCUUCUCCGCCACGGGCUUCGGGGACUCGUACCGAAAAUAAUCCAGAUCAAGACUUCAUAAUU